AUGAUCGAGUCUCAGGCAGCGCCCCAAGCCACUCCGGCGGUCGAUGGAGACAGAGAAGCUUCUGAGCACAUCCUUCGGGCCGCCGCUGCCGCGCCUUUAGUUCCCACCGACUCUGCCGAGCACCUGCCACGGAGCUCGGGAAGCUGGUUCAAGAGAGACAUCAUUGCUUUCUUCCUUCUUGGGCAUACUAUGGCUCUUCCGACAUCCAUCCUGUUCACUGCGUCACAUUCCAUGUUCCCUGGAUUCACUGGAGCUUUCAUGAUAGUCGUUUCGCUGUCAACAAUCGCCACUGUAUUUCCAACGCCGCCCAUUCUCCGCUUCAUCCCCCAUUGGCUCAGAGUCGUCCUCAUCUUCGUCGGUAGCUGUCUCAGCUUCUAUUUCUCCACCCUCGGUGAGCCAAGGAUCCCGCCGGGCCAGAUCAGUGGCACUUCCAUGGCAAUCACCGUCUACUUCUUCGCUGCAUGUGCAUUCCAUGAGACAGCUGCCUUCUUUGAUCCGAGGACCACUGCUGCUUUCAGCACCGGCGCAGGCUCUUCCGUUUUUAUCGGUCCUGUACUCUACAUCGGAAUCAUGCAGGCCUACAACGGCUAUUGGAGAACCGUCCUCCUCGUCUGCCUCUGCACCACUCCCUUGUUCCCCAUGGUGUGGUGGAUUCUCGUCCCAAGAGAAGGCCGCCGCGCCGCCGAGGAGGGUCGCCGCGCCGCGAGGUCCAAAAGGCGGAGGUCCACCGGCAGCUCUACGCCAGAUCAAGACCCCGAAAAGAACGCCGGCAUGACCGGAGUGGCACCAGUACGCACCAGUGGCUUCGGGCCCGAGCGCACCCGCAUCGGUCUCUUCUUCAAGGUCCUCUUCCCCACAUACGUCCUGCCGCAGAUGAUUGCCGUGUUGCUGGGUAUCGUCGCGCUCUUUGGUCUCACGCCGAUUUUCAUGUACCUGAGCAGCUUCAAGAAGGUGCCGAUGGGUGAACUUCAGUACGAAAUAAGCUACCUGGCCUACGGCGUUGCGCAAUUUAUAUCCUCGACAUUGUCCACCCGCUAUCCGCUCCCGAAGCUCUGGAUCUGGGCCGCACUGCAAUGCACGAUUAUCGUUCUCAGCCUCGUUCAGAUCACCGAGCCCUUCUUCACGUACUACGGCGUCUGGAUCCUGUUCAUCUUCAUCCACGGCGCAAUCGUCGGCGCUUCCAACAUCAACACCAACCACAAGAUCGACAGCGACUUCCGCAGAAGGGGCGAGCCGGAGGAGGUUCGUUCUUUUGCCGUAAGCUACGGCGGUCUCGGGAAUGUGAUUGGUGAAUUUUUUGGCGGCGGUUUCGCGAUAAUGGUCCAGCGGUUGGUGAUGCUGUGGAUCAAGCCGGCGCAUCCGAUCCCCCCACCCAUUUAG